AUGAACUCACGAAUAUCGAAGGAGGCCUUCAACUAUAACAACGGAAUCAUUGAUAUGGAGAUUGAUCACCUCGACAUCAAUAUCCAGGGCCACGACGAACGAGUCGACUUCGACAUCAUGGACAUUGGAGAACACGACCUUGUGUUAGGGCUUCCAUGGUUACAGGAGAGCAACCCACUGAUCAACUGGAAAACUGGCCAGCUGCGUUGGAACGACGACGCAAGUUUCCAAGACCAGCAGAUUUGGGAGAAAGCAAAAUUUUGCGAUGAUUUAGCCACUGAACAGGACGAAAGGGAUGACCGUUCAAGCAAAUCAUUACGGGCUUCAGCGAUACAAACGAAAACAGCAACCGAACCGGCGGACACAACAAAAUCGACUGACAAGACCCACGAAUACCGGAAAUACGACAAACUCUUCAAGGAAGAACUCGAGACAGGGUUACCCGAACACAGUCAAUGGGACCACGAAAUUUGUCUCAAAGAUGGAAGAACGCCGACGUUCCAUAAGAUUUACAACCUAAACGAAAAGCAACUGCAAACGCUACGCGACUACCUCGACGAGAAUCUACGAAAGGGAUACAUACGAACAUCAACAUCCGAAGCAGGCUACCCAGUCAUGUUUGUUCCAAAGAAAACGGCAAGCUACGACUAG